CCGGAAGUUUAGCUGUUGUUGUCACACUGGAAGAAAAUGGCUGCUGCUCCGACUUUUUUUCAAUGAAGACACUGAUAUUUCAAUUUCAUUUCGUUUUCCUGCAUCGGAGCUACAUUCGACCGCUAUGCAAUCUAGGUGGGUGUGAAUGGUCACUUUGGGAAGGUGACAGUGUGGGGCAGAAAGGACAGCAUCGUCUACCGUCACUCGCCUUGCAGCUGGCGGUGGACCACAAUGCAACAAGUUUUGGAAUAUGCAUUGGAUCGAGCUGAGUACAUUGUUGAAAGUGCUCGACAACGACCAGCCAAAAGAAGAAUUUCAUCCGGCGGGAGGAAGAGUUUGUAUCAGAAGCUCUAUGAGCUGUACAUAGAGGAAUGUGAGAAAGAGCCAGAUUUAAAGAAUUUGAGGAGAAAUGUGAAUCUACUGGAGAAGCUGGUGUCUCAGGAGUCCGUAUCAUGUCUGGUGGUCAACUUGUACCCUGGGAAUGAAGGCUAUUCUUUAAUGCUCAGGGGCAAAAAUGGAUCUGAUUCUGAAACCAUCCGGCUGCCAUAUGAAGAGGGAGAACUCUUGGAGUACCUAGAUGCAGAGGAGUUGCCUCCUAUUCUGGUGGAUCUGUUGGAGAAAUCACAGGUGAACAUCUUCCACUGUGGCUGUGUAAUAGUAGAGGUGAGAGACUAUAGGCAGUCUGGUAAUACCAAGAUGCCCACCUAUCAGAGCAGACACAUCCUGCUACGGCCAACCAUGCAGACUCUGAUCUGUGAUGUCCAUGCCAUGACCAGUGACCACCACAAGUGGACACAGGAUGACAAAUUACAGCUGGAGAGUCAGUUGAUUUUGGCCACAGCUGAACCUCUGUGCCUGGACCCCUCCAUUUCUGUCACCUGCACAGCCAACCGCCUGCUCUACAACAAACAGAAAAUGAACACACGCUCCAUAAAACGGUGUUUCAAGAGGCAUUCUCGAGCAGCACUGAACAGGCAGCAGGAGCUUUCCCAUCUGCCCAUACCGCCACAGCUACGACUCUACGACUACCUGCAGAGGAGGAAGGAGAGGAAACCUGCUCCUGUCAUAGACCUGAAGAUCUCAAAGAUUGGAAACUGUGUUGACAUGUGGAAGCAGAGCAACUGCCAACUAACUGUACCGAAGGAAAUUGAUGUGGAAAAGUACGCUGUGGUUGAGAAAUCUCUGCAGUUGGAGGACUCUCAGCCCAAUACUGUGAUCUGGCCUGCUGAGGAAGUUGUAGAUGACUACACGUUUGAGUGUGAGGUUGGGGGCCAAUCCCAGAGGACCAAGGUGUCUAUCUUCCAGUCGAUGGGAGACCCGCUGGUGUAUGGGAAGAUCUAUUGUGCUAAAGAACCAAAAGCAGAGGAGGACAGCACAGACCUAAAGCUCAUACAUCCCACCUUCCUCAUAGGCUCCAAGAUAGAUGCAGACCGGUUUCUUAAUCAGUACAAAGGGGUGUAUGAGAAAGAUGUGAAGUGUCAAGUCAAGAUGUCCCAUAACUCAGGCAUCGUGGGACAGGGGCCUCCCUCCCCCAGCAAAGAUGAGGGUGAUGGUGUUUCCCCACUGGUCCAGACGUCUGUUUUGGGAAAAGGGGUGAAGCACCGACCCCCUCCCAUCAAACUGCUUUCAGGAUCAGGCAGCAGCUCCUCAGGUAAUCCAUAUAGUUCACAAACCACCAGUGGUCUACUCAAGUGUCCUACGCCCCCUCCAGCCAAAAGCCAGUCUCAGAACAGGAAGCACUCCGUGGAGCUGAGCCAGGUGGGCCUGCUGUCACCUGCCUCCCUCUCCCCGAUGGGCUCCACACAGAGAUCGGGAACCCCCAAGCCAUCCACCCCUACACCCACCAACACGCCGUGCUCGACCCCGCACCCCACCGACUCCCUCUCUGCUCCUCUCUCGGUGACCCCUACCCUUUCAGACCCUGCCAUGGUUCAAAGCCAGUCGCAGCCAGCCCUCCUCACCCCCUUUGCCCAGCAGCAGCUGGCUCUAAGCCAGCCGCUGCCCGUCAUGACCAUUCCCCUGCCUACCAUGGGUACAUCCAUCACCACGGGAACCACCUCGACACAGGUUAUGGCCAACCCUGCAGGGCUCAAUUUCAUCAACGUGGUCAGCUCUGUCUGCAGUCCUCAGACCUUGAUGAGUGGCUCGAACCCCAUGCUGGGUCCAGGUCUUAACCUGAGUGGAAUCCUGCCAUCUGGAGGGCUGAUGCCCACCAUGCAGUCUGCAGCACAGACUGGGAGUCAUUUUGGCCUGAACAGCAGUGCUGGGUUGAGACCACUGAACCUACUGCAGAUCCCCACUGGUCCUCUCAUCUUUAACUCUCUGCAGCAGCAGCAGCUGUCUCAGUUCUCCCCACAGCAGAGUCAGUCAGCCACCUCCAGCCCUCAACAGCAGGGGGAGACGGGUGACCAGGGGUCAGAACAAAGUUUAGGAAACCAGCAAACAGCGGUCAUCAACCUGGGAGUCGGAGGCUUCAUGUCUCCACAAGGAGCAGUGCUGUCCCAGUUGGGCUGUGGGCUGGACGGGUCUGGGCCCCCACUGCCUUCUCCAAGGCUUCAGCAGCAGCACCAGCCACAGAUCCAAUUGCAAUUCUUGCAGCACCAAAUGCAGCAGCAGCAGCAAAUGGCUAUGGGAGCAGCAGCUCCUCAGGGGGGAGCACAACGGCAACAUACCGCCAGCCAACCAAGAAGUAAGAGGAAGAGGAGCACGCCACAGCCCCUCCCUAAGUCAUGACAGACUAAAAUCACACUUAAAAAAAAAAAACUUCCCCCAGCUACACGAGGACAUGAAUGA